AUGGCACGACCGUUGGAAAAAAUCUCUAAUGUUAAUGAUGAAAAGGAACUUUGGAAAGUUGCUGUUAAAAUACAUCACAAAUGGAGUGUCAUCUCUAACAACAAGGAACAUUUUGAAAUGGUUGUUUAUGAUUCUGAGGGAAGUGAUAUCCAUGUUAUCGUACCUCCCGUGUAUAGGCAGAGUUUUGAUUCGCUCUUUGUUGUUAAUGAUACUUACACUAUUGCAAACUUCCAAGUUCAGCUGAAUGAUCUGCUGUUCAAACCUUCUGCUCACAAGUACCUCCUUAAAUUUACUGGUGGGACCAAAGUUGGGGAUAGAAACGUGCAUCAGAUUCAGGAAAAGGCUUGCAGACUCACUCCUUUUCUUGAUAUUUUAACUGGGAAAUGGAAUAAAGAUCAAGUUUUAGAUGUUAUUGGAGUGGUUGAUAAAAUUGGGUACACACAGGCCCAGGUUGGAAGUAAAAAGCAACAGGUCAACUUUGUCAUUCGCGACUUGAGCAACAACACUAUAACGGUUACAUUAUGGGAGGCGUACACGGUGCAGUUUAUCAACUACGUUGAACAGCAAGUCGAUACUUCCAUUCCGAUUGAAAAUAUCCACUAUCUGUUACCAACACUUACAAUGUCACCAAAGUGGCUAUUAAUGAAGACAUGGAGACAAUCAAACAAUUCGCCAAAAUGUACUAACUUGGCCUUCGCAGUUAGCAGUCUCAGGGCAGGUCGCAAAACUCAUACACUUCUCGCCAAUCACCUUCCCAAAAAAUUGUUGUCUAAUGCUGUUCUUCUUCCUCUUGAGCAAAUUGUUAAACUCAAAGAGACAACUUUUUGUGCUACGGUUGCCACAAUUACGAAAAUCUUUGCGUCAAGAUAUGGCUGGUACUACCAAGCAUGCCAUGAAUGCCCAAAUAAAGUCACUGGUGAUAAACCUCCCUACAAGUGUACAAAGGGACAUGAAACGGAAACCGCCAUAUUCAGGUAUAAAAUAAAGGUGGAUGUUCUUCAUGCUGGUACAAAAUGCAAGUUUGUUUUGUGGGACAAGGAGAGUGGGGAACUAUUGGAAGUGUCGGCUGCUCAUAUGCGCGAAACAAUGUUUCAGGCUGGAAUAUUUGAUCCCCUCGAUUUUCCCCUGGCACUUGACAAGCUGCUGGAUCAGGAACUUGCAUUCAAAGUCAAGUGGCAACCAGAUUGGUCUAAUUGCUCUGUCAUCAUGUUAGUGAAAGAUAAAUCUGUUGUGGAUCAACUAAAAGCUGAAUGGGUGGCUGCAAGUACAAUCAAGGAGAGUGUUGAUGAGGCUGUUCCUGUUGAUGAUUCCGACAUUGUUACGGAUCCUGAAAUUACUUCAAAAUUGCACGGUGAACCGGUCACACCUACGGCAAAAAGACAGAACCCGGAUCCAUCCAAUGAAUCUACAAGUCUUGCAACACACGGCGAAGGAGAUUUGUCUUCGACAAAACUUAAGAAACCAACGAGGAUCACUAGGAAAUUAGUGAAGAUUGAAAAAUAG